UGUUUUUUUCCCAGUAUUUUUUUGGUCAAAUAAAUGCAGCCAUGAUGAACAGAAGAGACACAUAUAAGGCCUACUGAUCCCAAACUUUUGAACAGUAUAGUGUAUAUCAAAAAAAAAAAAAGGUUUUUUAAAACGUAUUCGAAUGGGGCUCCACCAAAGACAUAUAUGCAAUUAUAUUUCUCUCCUUUGGGUGUCACUGCUGUUUUGGUCUUCCCCAGGUAAUUAUGCUGAGGUGCGCUGAUGAAUCUUCUCAGUUUUCAGGUAGUAUCGAGGUCACAGAAAUGUAGACGGGCAUUAGUCCACUAGUGAGGGAGCAACGAGCAACUUAAAUUCGGUCCUUUACAUUUCUUCUUGGACAUCUCCACCGCAAAUGUGAUGCAGUCGCUCGCACAAGAAAUAAAAUCCUUCUCCAAAGCUAAUUUGCGGAAACAAUGCACCAGAGUAACGACUUUGAGCGGCAGGCGGAUCAUUGAGACAUGGAAAGGCUCCACUGUACAUGUGGUUGAGGAAACAGUACAGCCUGAAACUGCAUGCGGAUAUAUUCAGGAUAAUAACUGGGACCUUCAAGUUGGAUAUAUUAAACCGUAUCUAUUACUUGGGUCACAAGAUGCCGCUCAUGACUUUGGCACUUUGAGGAAAUAUAAGGUCACACAUAUAUUAAAUGUUGCGUAUGGUGUGGAAAAUGCAUUUCCUGACCUGUUCAUCUAUAAAACACUGAGCAUACUGGAUCUACCUGACACUAAUAUCACAUCAUAUAUCGAGGAAUGUGCACAAUUUAUCGACCAGGCUAAAGCUGAGAAAGGAGUUGUACUUGUCCACUGCAAUUCUGGAGUUUCACGUUCUGUUUCGGUCGUCAUUGGAUAUCUGAUGUUGAAGGAAAAUCAGCCAUUUGGGGACACGUUUGCGCUGGUGAAAUCAGCUCGUCCGGCCUCAUGUCCAAAUCCAGGUUUCAUGGAACAGCUGAAAAACUUCAGACCACAUGGUUCUGCACAAGCAAACGGUUUGGGUCAUGAUUGAACAUUAUUCUACAGCUGCACCCAUUCAAUUUCAAAGGGAAAGUUCACCCCAAAAUUAAGAUUCUGUCAUUAUUUCCCCACCUAAUACCUUUUUUAAGCUUUUUUUUUUAGUUGGUCUCAAAUGGUGAUAUUUAUAGAUAAUGUCCAAGCUGCUCUUUUCCUUACAGUAAAAGUGAAUGGGGACCAUGGCUGUAAGAUUUUUGAGGAAUGUUUGAGGUGGUUUAUUCCAUACACUUAGCUUAAAAUUCACAAAACAAUUAAUAUGGUUUUGGAAUGAUAUGAAGGUGGUAAAUAAAGACAGAAUUUUACUUUUUUUUAUGAACUGUCCUUUAAAGCAACCAGUGCUUCCAUCAUAGUUUCAUAUAGGGCUUUGAUUUAACACUUUCAAAUUGUCUUAAAGGUGCUAAUAUGAAAAAAUAAAAAUAAAACAUGGCUGCCUUCAGUUGGA